AUGCAACGGUUCGAUCUGCAACGAUUCGACAACGCAAAUGGGAAAUAUAGAAUAUUGGGGAGAAGUCGGCGCUCACUCACUUCCUCUGUCUGCGGAGCUUGGGCAGUGCUACUAACGGCACUGGCAGUUGCGACGCUCUUGUCAAAGUGCUUCCAUUUCCUUGGCAGCUGGAGAAGAUAUGGAGAUGGGAGAAGGCGGCUGGCAAGCGAUGGGACCAACCCUCCAGAAGACCCUGAUACACGGGCCAUUGUUGACCUCUGUCUCGAGAUGGACGAAAUCGCCACAGGUGGCUUUUUUCCGGCCUUACCAGCUACGUCUGUGCUGUCAACCACGGGCAUAACGUUGGCAGCGGCAUCACCGUCAUUAUUUCGGUCUGGGCUUGGUCAGCGUGCACCUCAGAGCGGUCAGACGAUCGAACAGUUCUGGGGAUGGCCACCCCAACCUCAAAUCCUUGCCUCAACUCACGCACCGGUUGUUACUCACACUCCAGCAACGGUUGUUACUCACACUCCAGCAACGGUUGCAGCGCAAACGCCAGGAGUAAACUCCCCUCCAUUGUACCAAGUGGCAAAUCAGAGACGGUCUCCUGGGAGCAUGCUGACGUGGAGUUUUAGCCACGGGCUUGGCCAUUCAGGGUCGAGCUUGUCUGCUGCAGCCUACUCAGUAUUGGAAACGAAGAAUCCGUCUCCAGCAGAGCAUUUCACACUAUUCUCUCCAGAAACUUCACUUGGUAGUUCCGCUGGGGGGCACCUCCAGUUCGAGUUUUCAGGGUGGAGCGGAGCACUCACAACAGAUCAGCCUCCGGUAUCACUGAACCCAAGCCCACAAACAUCCCUAAAGAUACCCCCUUGGUCUGAUCCUCCAGAGCCGGAUUCUGGCGAUUCUGAUCCUGAAGAGGGGCCCUCAACUGGACUGAGAACUCUAUCCGCAAGGGGUGUGGGGGCAAAGUUUCCCGUGAUAGGUACGAAGCGGAAGGGAUAUCCGGACGCCUCGUCAACUACUUCGUUGGCGACAGUGGCUGGUUCUGCACCUGGACAGAUGAAGCGGAAGAAACAUUCAGGGGGAAAGAUGAUACCCUCUUCUAUAUUUCCUCAGUCAUUGGUUCCCUCGACUGUUCUGAAUCCAGAACUGCAUCUCUUUUAUCGAAUUCCAAGGGUGGAUUCUUCUGCUAUCACAACUGUGUUUUCCACAACCUCAGCAUUUACGAGCGUCAGACUGCUAACCGUGCCGUACUACGGCAUAUUGGCCUUGCGUAAUUUUCUCUCAAAGGAGGCUGUUGUUGAGAAGGAGGUUACUGCUGCUAUUCGAGCGGCCGAACGACUUGUGAAUUGCCUGACCCACUUCCAUUUAGAGCCUGUUAGCUAUUUGAGGCCACACGAGGUUUGCCGCAUCCUGGGAAUGCGAUUCUUGGCGUUGGAUGCACUUCUAGCCUUGUCGGAAGCGCUAGGACCUUCAAUGCAUGUAGAGGAGUGGUGGGGCAAGCUUGUACAGAAUAUGCCAUGUGAUGUGCGUUUUAAGUUUCUAGUUGAGAAAUCUGCCCUCCAAAAUCCCAAUGCUUCUCUCGCGUUAAGGCUAAGCCGAGCCAUUGCGUGUUUAAAGCAUGGAUCGCGUCUUGAUGCCCGUGAAACAGUAGAAUUGAAGCAAAGCUUGUUUUGCAGUGAGUAUUCUCCUUCGUUUUUCAAAAAGCCCAAGUGGAAACCUUGGCGUGAGGAUGAUGCUUCCUCGUCAUCCCCUCCCGGUGAUUAA